AUGGAAGAUCACUUGAAGAUGCCGCUCAGAACAACAGGGCUUACUAAUGGAAACUUCAGACGACCAACAACUCACAGAUUGAAAAAAAAACAAGAUUGCACUUAUUGCCAUGCUUUGAGGUUUGAAUAUGAGCCACCAACAUUCUGUUGCGCAAGUGGAUGUAUCAAUUUAGCACCCAAUGAAGUGGCAGAUGACUUUUAUGAAUUAUUUGUGGCGGAUGCAGAUGACGCAAAAUUAUUCAGGAAAAAUAUACGUGCGUAUAAUAGCAUAUUUGCUUUUACAUCAUUUGGAGUUAAGCUGGACAAAGAAUUGGCAUCUUCUAGGAAAGGAGUUUACAGUUUCAAGGCACAAGGUCAGAUAUAUCAUGAUCUACCAUCGUUAAUUCCAAACAACAACAGACCACGAUACUUUCAACUAUACUUCUAUGAUACUGACCAUGAAUUAGCCAAUAGAAUGACGGCACUACAAGAUGCAAAUUUAUCAGAGGAAGUCAUGACCAAAUUAAGAAAUAUAAUGGAGGGGAAUCCAUAUGCAAAAUUCUUCUCACGGCUUAAAGAACAUACAAACUUACAAAAUCUGCAAGUACGCAUAGCUGCAAAUGCUUCAUUAGAUCAAAGGGUGUAUAACAAACCGUCGGUGGAUCAGGUUGCAACAAUUUGGGUAGACGGAAACAAUCCAAAUACACUAUUUGAAAGAGAUAUUGCAGUACAUGAACAUUCAGGAAAGGAGAAGCAGGUUGGCACCAAGGAAUACAAAAAUGUCGAAAAUAGAUCAACAACAGCCAAACACCUACAAAUACGAGCGUCGAAUCGGCAAGAUUAUCAUCCACAACUGUUGUGGGGUUGUUGGCCAAUGAAGCACAAGCUGUACGACGUGAAACAAAAGGCUGUAUUUCAUGUAGGGAGUACUAUUGUUAUAGACUACAAGUACGAACGGCAAUUUGUGGUGGACAUAUACAUUAAGAUAGAAACAACCAGACUAGAAUAUUAUAGAUUCGAGCAAUCAAAUUAUCGAAGGGAGAUACUCGAACGUAUUGUUGACAGUGUCAGUGCUGGUGAGUGUAGAGGAGACAAGGUAGGACAAAUGGUAUUACUACCAGGAUCGUUUAUUGGAGGGCCUAGGGAUAUGCGUCGCCGUUAUAUGGAUGCAAUGGCUUUGGUUCAGGAGUUUGGACGACCAGAUGUUUUCAUCACCAUGACAUGUAACCCAGAUUGGGUUGAGAUUUCAGAACAAUUGUGUCCAGGACAACUCCCUCAAGAAAGACCCGAUUUGGUAACCAGAGUAUUUCGAGCAAAAUUGCAAGACUUGAAAGAUCAAAUUUUAAAACAAGAAAUAUUCGGACACAUUGCAGCACAUGUCUUUGUUGUAGAAUUUCAGAAGAGAGGCUUACCGCAUAUACACCUACUUCUAAUAUUUAAAGAAGGAAACAAGAUACGAUCACCAGAUGAGUAUGAUAAAUACAUUAGUGCAGAAAUCCCUAAUAAAGACACAUCCAGAGUUGAACGCAUUAGUUAUCAAACAUAUGAUACAUAG